UUUUCCUUUCUUCAACUCUCUCUCUCUCUCUCAUGGCGGACUCUCUAUAGCUUCACACACCUUCCAAAGUCCUCACUCAAUGGCCCACCUUCCAAGACGGACUCACUCAAUCCUUCUCAUACUCUCCUUCCAAAUCUGCUUCUCCACAAUCUUCGCUGUCUUCGGAUCGGUUUUCCAAGAAGAAUUCUCGGAAGAGUUGCUUCUGAAACCACUGCCCGAUCGGAAAGUAUUGGCGCACUUCCACUUCGAAACCACAGCUCCUCCGCUCUCCACCUCCCAUGGCCGCCACCACCACCUCUUUCCCAAAGCCAUUGCUCAACUUGUUCAGAAAUUUCACGUUAAGGAAAUGGAAUUAUCUUUCACACAAGGCCGAUGGAACUAUGAUCGCUGGGGUGGAUUUGACCCCAUCUCAAGCAGCAAUGCAAAGCCUCCUGGAGUAGAGUUGUGGGCUGUCUUUGAUGUCCCUAAGGAUCAGGUUGAUGCUUCCUGGAAGAAUUUAACCCAUACUCUUUCAGGUCUUUUUUGUGCUUCCAUAAACUUCCUAGAGUCUUCUACAACUUAUUCUGCUCAUGAAUGGGGCUUUCACCCAUCUUCAGGUGGUCUGAGGUAUGGUACAUUACCCCGUGAGGCUGUUUGCACCGAGAACCUAACUCCCUGGUUGAAGCUACUUCCAUGUCGAGACAAAGCUGGGCUUUCUGCCUUAUUGGACAGACCUUCCAUAUAUAGAGGAUUUUAUCAUUCUCAACGGUUGCACUUGACCUCAUCUGAAUUUCAUUCAAGCAGCGUGGAAUCAGGAAUUGUACUAGAACAAGCUCUUACAGUUGUUCUUCAGCCUAAUAGUCACAAAACGAGUAAAACUUUUUCGAGUGAGACAAAAUUGCAACCAAGCUGGUCUUUGAGUUCAAUUUUUGGUAGGAAAGUCACAGGAAGAUGCGUUCUCGCAAAGACUAGUAAUGUUUACCUUCAACUUGAGAGAGGCCUAGUCACUGAGCUUGAGAAUCUGCAGAAGGACAACACGAUAACUGGGCCUGAUCAUGUAGGCUCUGGAGGGUUGAAGGAUAACCCUGGUUUUGAAUUGUCUGUUAGGCCGGACAAGAUGUAUAAAGAAGUAAAUAGCUUGCAUAGGAAGAGCUCAUCUGUUCUUUAUGAAUAUUCAAUUGAGAGGUACAGUGUCUUUGAGCCAUUUGAUUUGGGCCUUACAUGGAAGUUUCCUGUAGUUUGGUCAUGUCCACGAGCACCAUUACACUCUAGUAGGUUCUUAAUGGGUAGUGGGAAUCAAAGGGGCACUAUUGCAAUAUCUUUCAUAUCCACAGAUUUGGAGGAGGGGUUCCUGAGUGCUAAUAUUGGUGAAGAAAGUUGUAAGUUGCAAGCUGACAUUUUUCAAGUUGUGCCUUGGUAUAUUAAGGUCUAUUAUCAUACUCUACGGGUUUUUGUUGAUGGGCAACCUGAGGCUAUCACUAAUGUUGUAGAAAAGAUGCAUGUUUCACCUUCUGAAGACAAGGUAUCGCCUGGGGUGAUGGAGCUGGUCCUAAAAUUUCCUUGUGCUGUGAAAUCGGCAGCUUUAACUUUAGAGUUUGACAAGGGAUUUUUGCACAUCGAUGAAUAUCCUCCAGAUGCUAAUCAGGGGUUUGACAUUCCGUCAGCUGUAAUAAUCUUUCCAAAUUUCCAGACAAGCAUGCAUUAUCUUGAAGAUAACUCUUCAAACAAGUCACCCAUGUUGUCUAAAUUUCAGGAAAAGAGCCCAGUUCUGUCUUACACAGAAGUAUUACUUGUACCAUUGACAACUCCUGAUUUUAGUAUGCCUUACAAUGUCAUCACAAUUACAUGCACGGUGUUUGCAUUAUAUUUUGGAUCUUUGCUCAAUGUACUUCGAAGACGUGUUGGCGAAGAGGAAAGAAUUCUGAAAAACAGUGCUUCCAAGAAAGCUGGUCGGCUUCCUCAGCUGCUAUCCCGGUUGUCUGCCAAGCUUAGAGGAAAGGAAUGGGAACCCCCUCAGUCUCCCUCAACUUCAUCAUCCUUCAUCAGUUCAAAACUUUUACUAAAAGUCUUAAUAGUGGCUGGUGUGGCUGUUUUUUGGCAAUACUACUCUGAAUGACAUUAGCAAGCCAACUAGAUAUUUCAAUGUACACUAUGUGCCAAUGAGUAUGUACAAUAUGAGCCUCUAACCCAAAACUAACACCCUAGUUUUAUGAGUAGGGUACACACUUUGCUAAGAAUCAUCUUAAAUGAAUUGACUUAUUUACUGACUUUUUUAAAUAUUAAUUACCUUCAUCCUUCA